AUGCGGUUAGCCGGGGAGACAGUCGAACUGUGGUCUGGCCAGCGGUUGGUCAUGAUUUCGCGUGCAAAAGAGAGCCGGCCAUUGGCUAGAUUUGGAGCCACCGUUGCCACAGCGUCUGACUGCUCUGCUGUUCUAGUUAUGGGUGGGAUCGAGGGCCACAUCAUCGGAGGCGUGUGCCUGAACGAUGUCUGGCGUUUCGACGUGGACACGAGAACGUGGGAAUGCUUGCCUGAACCGUCUUGGCAGCCGCGUCGCGGCUCUUUGCCGGUGGUUGUCAGUGAUGCGGGAACGGAUCGUGCUGGUUGUGUGCUACUGGUGGGUGGCACCGGCAUCAAUGCCAAGCCGUUGCGAGAAGUUUGGAAAGCAGAUGCCCCGAGGUUUCGGCCGGUAAGCUGGAGCCAGUCAACUGAUGAGGCUGCAUGGCUCGAAGCUGCUCAUGCCCUCUGGGUUCCAGAUUGCACUGGAGGAGGAUUCCUCCUCGUGUUUGACUCGACGGGCUCGUUGUGGCGCAGCUUUGAUUGGGGGCGAUCGUGGUGCAAAGUGGUCGAGAGGCUUCCUUUUGGUUGGCCACAGGAGCAAGUGUCCAUCGUGCGCGCUUGCAACGAUGCCCUCGUGGCUGUCACAAUGUCCACAAGAGUUUGGGUUUCCAAGGAUGGAGGCCUAUCCUGGGCCAGGGCUGAUGGUGACCGUGAUCCUCAUCAGCUGGAGCGAUGUCAUCCCAUCGGCGCCCGAGUCUCCGCAGGGCCUCCAGGUCUGCGAUGCCAGAUCAUUGAUGUAUUUGACGCCGAUGCUUCGGACCUACUCAUAGUUGCCAGGAACCGAGAGACAUGCCAGCUCACGUUGUGGCGUUUGUCCACGCAGGUGGAUACAGCGCAGAAGCUUCAAUCUUCUUGGCACUGUCUUGUGCCCGAGAUCCACAUCUACCCAGGCUUUUCCUCCGUCAACCAGCUCGUAAGUGCAGGGCGUGCCGCCGUGCCCACGCGAGAUGGCUUGGAGAUGCGGGCCGUGUUCGUGGAGUUCAACCCGAUCAACGAAUUCACAGUGUGGCGUGCAAGUCCUGUUGGAGUUGAUCGGCACAGAGCCAUGCUGGACCGGCUGGGGUCAGCGCAGACAAAGGUGGACCAUUGCACGUGGCAGAAACACAUCAUUGGAGCCCUGUUGCCCUCAAUGGGUGAAGACUGGGUGCCACGUGAUUUAGCAAUACCGGCGGCGAGCGGUGGCAUGCCUUACCAAGAAGACAACGAGUGGACGUACUGGCACUGA